GGGCUGUGUUCCCCUCCAUCGUGGGCCGCCCCCGCCACCAGGUACGGCGCUGUCCCCCUCCGAGCAUCCCUCCAAGCCCUGCCACAGCGAUGGCCGCGGGCCCCCGCCACCUCCUAGCCCUCUGCGUGGUGGGAGGACGCCCGGCCCGCUGGGGUGCCACACGCUACUGCCUGUGGAAAGGUCGCUGAGUCCCCCCUUUCCUCCCCUGCAGGGCGUCAUGGUGGGUAUGGGUCAGAAGGACUCCUACGUAGGAGAUGAAGCCCAGAGCAAGAGAGGUAUCCUGACCCUGAAGUACCCCAUUGAACACGGCAUCAUCACAAACUGGGACGACAUGGAGAAGAUCUGGCACCACACCUUCUACAAUGAGCUGCGUGUGGCCCCUGAGGAGCACCCCACACUGCUCACUGAGGCCCCCCUUAACCCCAAAGCCAACCGUGAAAAGAUGACCCAAAUCAUGUUUGAGACCUUCAACGUCCCUGCCAUGUACGUGGCCAUCCAGGCUGUGCUGUCCCUGUAUGCCUCUGGCCGUACCACUGGUAUCGUGCUGGACUCUGGCGAUGGUGUGACACACAAUGUCCCCAUCUAUGAAGGGUAUGCCCUGCCCCAUGCCAUCAUGCGCUUGGAUCUGGCCGGCCGGGACCUCACUGACUACCUGAUGAAGAUCCUGACUGAGCGUGGCUAUUCCUUCGUCACCACAGCUGAACGUGAGAUCGUCCGUGACAUCAAGGAGAAGCUGUGCUAUGUGGCGCUGGACUUUGAGAACGAGAUGGCCACUGCUGCCUCUUCCUCCUCCCUCGAAAAGAGCUAUGAGCUGCCUGAUGGGCAGGUCAUCACCAUCGGCAAUGAACGUUUCCGCUGCCCAGAAACCCUCUUCCAGCCUUCCUUCAUUGGUAUGGAGUCCGCAGGGAUCCAUGAGACCACCUACAACAGCAUCAUGAAGUGCGACAUUGACAUCAGGAAGGACCUGUACGCCAACAAUGUCAUGUCUGGGGGUACCACCAUGUACCCAGGUAUUGCUGACCGCAUGCAAAAGGAGAUCACAGCCCUGGCCCCCAGCACAAUGAAGAUCAAGAUCAUUGCCCCACCUGAGCGUAAGUACUCUGUCUGGAUCGGUGGCUCUAUCCUGGCCUCCCUGUCCACCUUCCAGCAGAUGUGGAUCACAAAGCAGGAAUAUGACGAAGCUGGCCCAUCCAUUGUCCACCGUAAAUGCUUCUAAACAUGUUUACAUGAUCACUUUGCCAACCAUACUCAGGAUGACAACCUUCUAGGUUGCAGGCUGCCCAGGACCUGCAACAGCCAUGUAACUUUCUAUUUUGUAACAAUUUCUGGUUACUGUUGCUGCAAAGCUCCACCUGACACAAUGUAUGUAAAGUGUACAUAAAUUAAUUUAUUUUACCUCGUUUUGUUUGUUUUUAAAACCAAUGCCCUGUGGAAGGAAACAAAAAACUUCAAGAAGCAUUAAAUCAUCAGUCAUUCUGUCACACCCCUAA